CGCAACGGAAUAGGGAAGAGAGACGAGAGAAAACAGAAAGAAACAAGGGAAAACAAAAGCAAUUACGAAGAAAACAAGUUCCAUUCUCGAUUUCUUCCGGCUUGCUCAAAGGGUAAAAUUCCACCUGCUUGGAUUAUCUAGGUUGAUCGGACGCUAAGAUUUGAGUGAGCGACAAUGGCGAAUCGAAUAGAUCACGAGUACGAUUACUUGUUCAAGAUCGUCCUGAUCGGCGAUUCCGGUGUUGGAAAAUCCAACAUUCUCUCUAGAUUCACCAGAAAUGAGUUCUGUCUCGAAUCCAAAUCUACCAUUGGCGUCGAAUUCGCCACCCGAACUUUACAGGUUGAAGGCAAAACAGUCAAGGCUCAGAUUUGGGAUACGGCAGGUCAAGAGCGUUACCGAGCUAUCACAAGCGCUUACUACAGAGGAGCAGUGGGAGCACUUCUUGUCUACGACAUAACCAAGAGACAAACCUUUGAGAAUGUCCUGAGAUGGUUACGCGAGCUUAGGGACCAUGCUGAUUCCAACAUUGUCAUCAUGAUGGCUGGAAACAAAUCAGAUCUAAACCACCUGAGAUCUGUUGCUGACGAAGAUGGUCGCUCUCUUGCUGAGAAGGAAGGUUUGUCAUUUCUCGAGACUUCUGCUUUAGAAGCAACCAAUAUCGAGAAAGCGUUUCAGACAAUUUUGUCCGAGAUUUAUCAUAUCAUAAGCAAGAAAGCCUUGGCGGCACAAGAAGCUGCAGGUAAUCUUCCGGUUCCGGGGCAUGGAACUGCCAUUAACAUUUCAGAUUCAUCCGCAACUAACAGAAAAGGAUGCUGUUCUACCUAGUAACUAUAGCAAUGACUAAUCAAUCAAUCAAUCAAUCACACGUUUGAUUUCUCAAGGAUUAUCUCUUUUUGAUCAUUUUUUCUUGGCUUAAUUUCAGCAAGUAUAGCAUACCUUUUUCUUUCCAGUUCUUUGUGUUUGUUUAGCUGUGUUGAAACUGUGAUCAUUCACACCAUUUCCCAGAAA